AUGGAAUUUAUGAAAAGAUGGAUGUCAAAUCAUUGGCAAGACUCGAGGACGAUACUAAAGAAACCAUUGGUAAUCGCAGAAUUCGGAAAGUCCAGCAAAGAUCCAGGAUACAGUUUAAACAGAAGGGACUGGUACAUGAGUUCUAUAAAUACAAACAUCUACAACUUGGCAAGAAGUGGAGGAACCGUUGGUGGGGCCUUGGUUUGGCAGCUGAUGGCAAAAGGGAUGGAUUCUUACGAUGAUGGGUACCAGAUUAUCUUAUCAGAAAAUCCUUCUACUGAUGGAGUCAUUUAUAGACAAUGUCGUGCAAUGGCAGCUUUAUCUCAUAUUAAUGGUUUCAGCCAUUGGCCACGCAAUGCAAAGCAUGGUCAUCCAUAUGGUCGACGUCCCGUAAACAACUUCAAUAAAUUCACCAAAGUCAACAUCAAUUUGAAGAUCAAGAAUAACACUGAUCAUGCAUUUGUCUUCAACAAAUCUAUCAAAGUCAUUAUCAAAUCAAAGAACCAGAACCACGUUGGUCUAGCCCUCUUCUUCAUCAAAUCCAUUAAAGAUCCAGGAUACAGUUUAAAAGAGAGGGACUGGUACAUGAGUUCUGUUUAUACAAACAUCUACAAUUUGGCAAGAAGUGGAGGAACCGUUGGUGGGGCCCUGGUUUGGCAACUCAUGGCAAAAGGGAUGGAUUCUUACGAUGAUGGGUACCAGAUUAUCUUAUCAGAAAAUCCUUCUACUGACGGAGUCAUUUCUAGACAAUCUCGUGCAAUGACAGGUUUAUCUCAUUUGUUUGGCUUACCUCAUAGUAAUGGUCGUUUGAGCCAUUGGCCACACAACGCAAAGCAUGGUCAUCCAUAUGGUCGACGUCAUGUAAACAAGUCCGUUCCUUGA